AUGCUUGGGCAGCUCAUACGCGCCCUCUCCUGGAGAGUCUUCUUCCUCUUACUCACCUUUUUCUCUGGUCUGGUAUCUCAAACCUACGCAUACAAGGAAACCAUGCUCUUUGAUUAUAUGCCAAACUGUGCCGGCAAAAAAGGUCUUCUUGACUUUCACAUCGCUGAAGCCCGCGAGCUGAUUAAAGCCGCCAAGCACGCGAUCGAUACGGUUGACCGUAACAUUGUCGCGCAGAAGCUCGUUACUUCUUACUUCAAGAUCGAAUUUGUGCCUUUUGACGUGUACGUUGAGUUAGUAAACACAUUCCUCCAAACCGGCGCUUACCCCGACAAGCGCAAGAAGCCACGUCUCUACUGCAACGACGACAUCGUACAGUCCUUCCCCUGGAACGCAGCCGCGGUAGACGCGAACGGAGAGUACGUGGUGAACGAGCAGAACGGCCAGUACUACACCAUCCGUGACAUCUACCCCAACUUCCCCGACAAGAAAAACCAAAUUCCCUAUCUCGUGACAGACCGCAAUGCAUACUACUUUGAUUCCCCGAAUAUGGGCGGUUGUGCUCCUGGAUCACUUGGCGAGACGUUGACUGGCAUGCCCGACUGGCACUCAUGGCUCUCUCCCAUGCAGUGGACGUCUACGCUGGACUCAGAAAUGACAUUUAUCUGUCCGGAGGCGCUGGACGGGACGCAUAAAUUUCUCGGAUAUCUGGGACAAACGGGCUGGAUUGACCCCGAUUCGCACACGACGCUGGAUUCGCUGGUUCCUGAAAGUGGCACCUUAUACCAUGAGCUUUUCCAUCUGGUCAGUGGUCGGAUUGGGUUCAAGCGUGAGAUGGAUCCGACAAAGUAUAAGACAAGGAUCGUGGGUGAUUAUUCUGCUUCGUUGAUGGGGUGUCUCAACCUAGAUCGAGACCGGGCAAUUAUGAACGCAGAGAGCUACGUUUAUUUUUCUCUGGCAUACUGGUAUUACUAUAAUGACUGGAAUAAUGGGAAGAAGAGGAUAACAUUCUACCCUGGGUAUGCUGUUUAUUGGGAUUGGCCGAUGUAGUCUGACCUGUACUGGCACAUGCCCUUUUCUUAAAUAUUCUAUGGAGUACUAGUACGCCGUAGAGCAGAAUAGAAUAUAGUAAAUUAAGAUAAACCA